CGCGGCUCCCGUAGAUCGGGGCCUGGGCGUAGACACCGUGUGAGCUCCUUAGCGUUAAACCCUGCUGCGUAGGAAUCAAACAGCGCGUCACAUCACCCAGAGAGCACGGAGGUGUCUCUUACAUAAACAGGAGGCUGCAUAUAAAACGAAGAAGAUGCUCUCGGCCACGCUGGACACCGGUGGCUCUCCGCAGAAGCGGACGUUUUCUCGGGGGCUGAGCGAGGACGAGUCGCUCCGCAGCAUAAUCAAGGAGACGGAGAGUUCUUCCAGGCGUGUGACACGAAGUGACAGCCGUGCAGGCACCCUGAAGAGGGGGACUGACAGCCAGUCUGAGCAGGAUCUCUUCAUGGGACUCCCAGAAAUGCUGGAUCUGCAGGCCAGCUAUGACGAGGUGGUGCAGGAGCUGCGUGGGCUGGAGUUCGAGCGAGAGGCUCUGUUGUUCCAGGUGGACGUUCUGCAGGACACGCUGGAGGGUGUGGAAGAGCUGCUGGCUGAGACCCAGAGGGAAGCUGGACAGGCUAGUUCCGAGUUGAAACAAGAGAGGGCGGCCAAGAGGAAGCUGGAGAGCUUGGUCAGCUCUCUGAUGCAAGAGGUGGAGAGAUUAAAAGAGGAACAAAUGAAAGCACCUGCUCAAGAGAACACAUAUGGAACUGAAGACGAGGCAACGAGACACGGAAGCCAAAUGAAAAACCAUGAGGCCAACGAGCAGACCCAAGACUCAUGCAGAGAGGAAAUAGACUUUUCCCCGUGUGAACCUCACAGCAGAGAAGGAGCGUCUGAGGAGGUGGAGCAGGGCGAUGGAGCAGAGGAGGACGGAAGCUUCCUGACGAAGAUCCGGAAGAUGGUCAACAAGCCUCUUGCCCACAUACCCUCUCUUGCUUUGGACAACCCGCUCUCUGAAGACGGUGUCCUCUGGAGGCCUUACGAAAACGGCAACGACAAUGGCCAAGAUCCGUCAACGGACAGAAACGACUCAGACAACUUAAGUGCCUAUGAGGAUGCGUCCGCCGAGACUCCAGAGCAGGACAGGAUCUUUCCAGGCGAUGGCGACUGUGUGGACCUGCCUGAUGAUUCAGAGAAUAAAGAGAAAAGUCCAACCAACAACGGUCAGGUCAGCAACGGUGAGACUCAAGACCCCAAAGACCCUGAAGGCUGCAUUGUGUCUUAACUUUACCUGUUUGUAUCAAUGGCUGGGGAAAAGGAUUCAAUGAUUCUUAUUGUUCUAUUGGUGAAAUUCAAGAGCUCUUUGAUUCGCAGUUUACCCAAAUCUGAUCUUCAUGUUCUUAGACAACUUUGAGACUAAUCGCAACAGCUAGAGUUGCCGUAAUUAAAGCUCCAAUGAUAAAUCAACUAGUUGAUUUGAAGAAAACUAACCUGGUUUCACUACUUUUUCAAGCAAAAAUGCCAAAACAUUCACUGGUUUUAAGAUUUCUCAAAUGUGAGGAUUCGCUGCUUUAUGGUAUCUUUGGGAAAUGGACUACUUAGGGGACGAGACAAGCAAUUUGAAGACAUUGAUCUAUUGUAGACUUGAUUAUUCAAGAAAAUAAUUUACAGAUGAAUUAAUAAUGAAAAUAGUUGUUUGUUGCUGCUCCAGUCGUAAAACACUGUAGGAGAAAAGUAAGAUUCAGUUUUGAAUUCACAACAAAGAAACUCAGGAUUCAGGUGGUUUACCAACUAGAACUCCACCCACGAGUACUUCAUUUUUUUGCCACUGAUUUCUUUUUAAUGUCUGUCUUAAUUUAAACUAAAUAUUUUUUUUCUAAACAUGGAAAAUGCUCCAUGCUGCUUCGACCAUUUAUCUUUUAGGGAAUCUUUUAAGAAUGUGUGUUUGUACACGAACAGCUGCCGAGACAAAUCAGGAUUUACCUGUAGACAAAAUACAGUGAACUAUGUAAGUGUGUGACCAGGGACUGAUGCUGUUAUGACUCCAAUCAUAACUGCACAUUUAGAAACGCAUGACUUUCGAGACAGUCCGAUCAUUUAGACACUUGCAGCUUGUUACAGCUUAAUUUCAAAAUGGGAUGAGCCGAAUCUCACAUAGGCUAUUUUCAGACGUGAACCUGGGGAAAAUGUCCGGAGUUUGCCUUUGACAUGUUCGGAACACGGCAAGAGAUUGUCUGGGUCAGAGCAGUUCACAACAACAGGAACAUUCCGGUGACGCCUGAGUAGAGCGUGCAGAAGGCAGGACGUAACGUUUAUAUUCCGCUGGGAAAUCACAUGUUUUUGUUUACAGCACAUUGACAUUGUCUGUCCAAUUUGACAUGAUUAAUGUGUGGCACCUCUAUUUCAGCUUUAGUUUUUUUUUUUUUUUCAGUUUUGCGUCAGUCACGUGUCAUAACUGUCAUCAACGUGCCCGCUUGACUUUUCUGCACAUUUUCCUGCUGUCUUCUCACAUGGGCUCACUCCGAUUUUCUCCAGACAUUUUACUUGGGGGGGCUGGCAGGAAAAACUCCGGAGACUCAGACAUUCUAAUGUAAAGCCCCUCCAGAUGAUUUCAGGAGAAUGUCCAGAGUUUAGUACAUGUCUGAAAACAGCAACGCGGUAUAAUAACCUUAAAUGAAAAAUCUUUGUCAGGUCAAGAUAUUUGGACUGUCUCCAUUUGUAGGACUCACUGUAGAGGUUUUCUUCAUGAAUGACUUUAGCCUUUGACACCUCAGAUCAGAUACUGAUAAUCAAUAAAGUUGCAAGGUAGGGAUUUUUUCUACAGAAGGGAAACGCUAUCUAUUCACUGCCGCAGUGAGUCCAUAAGAACUAUAUUUUUUGCUUACAGUCCCUUUUUAGUUUACCCCCUACUUAGUUAGAAUUUUGUAGAGAGCUGAUUUUGCUGCAUUUGCACUUUCUAAAGUUCUUGUAAUGUGUCUUAGAUUUGUCAGACAACAUUACAAACAACAUUCCCUUUACCACCGCGCACGUCAGCGAGAGACGAGCAGCCGACCUGCCGCAGGCUGCCAUCUCUCCGCCUGCAUGCCUCCUGUAUGUUUGCACAUUUGCAGUGAAACUUGCUGAAAUUGGUCUCUUUAGAUGUCUUAAAUUGCUGUACACACUUUGUAUUUAAUCAAAAUUUUGUACGUUUUUCUACAAUGUUACGUUUCUUUUUUUAUUCUUGAAACAACAUUAGACCCUCUCACCUCAUUUGUGAUAGUUUGCAUGAGCAACUUCAUUGUUUCUAAACAGCACAUGAACAAAUUGAACUACCUUUUAAUAGUACUUUUGCAUGCAGUACUUUAACAGACAUGUAUUGAAUGAUACUUUAAUUGCGGUUCACUGAAGAAAAAUUGUGUUUUAAAGGGAUUUAUCCAUUUACAUUUUGAUAGAAUGAGGCAUGUUUUGUAUCAUUUCUGAGUUUUUAAGGUGGAUCUAUGACAAGCAGCUCAGAUGACUGGCUCAACAUGAGCUGAUGGAAGGUGACUGUUACUGUAAUUCACGUGUGCUGUGCUGGUUAUUUAUGUUGAUAUAUACAAUACACGUCUGUUUCCUAUCAGGUCAAAGGGUUUGAUUUUGUAAUGAUACAGAAAAUGUACACCACUCUAAAUCCACACUGCUAAAUCGUCAUUUCCCAUGAGGGGAGACCUUUGAUACUGGGAGUGUAGUUUGAGCUCAUAGCAGUGAUUGUUUUCAUAUUCAAUAAAGUAAUCAAAUUGUUUUUGUGUUUAUUUUCAGACGACAAUGUUACACAUCAGCUCUCGGUGUACUUCAUGUGUUUUAUGGGUCAAAAUAUAAUUUUACUGGUCCUCUGCUUUGAAUUGAAUGUUCACGUGUGACAGUAAAUUACCUGAUAUAACAUUCCAGACAUAUCAAAAAUAAAAGGAGUUAAUAAUGA